AUGGAUCAAAAAGUAAAAGGAUUAGCAAAACUCAAGAACUGCUUUCAACGAUUUGGGUAUAUUAGUUCUUCUUCAUCCCCAAAUUUUAUAGGUGAUUUUGAUAAAAUUCUGGAAUCGGCAGCCAAAAUGUAUCAAAUCAACUUCAAUCUGAACAGCACUGAUGAACUGGAUGUACAAACGUUGAAGCACAGUGUACUACCCAGAAGUGGAAAUCCUGAUGUUAUCAAUGGCACCUCAACAAUGAAUUCUGGUAAACCCAAGUCGGAUUCUAUGAUUCAAACAGUGGGUCGGAAAUCCAUUGCCACCACUUGCUCCUACACAGUGUAUUAG